AUGCAUGUUAUCGUUACUGGUGCCACGGGCUUCAUCGGCAGCGCCGUAAUCCGAGAAUGUGUUAGGAAUGAUGAAAUUAUGCAUGUGUUCGCCCUCACAAGGAAGCCGCUUCCAGAAGAAGUUGCAAGGCAUGAGAAGGUUUCGGUCAUAAUCCACCAGGAUUUUCCCAGCUAUCCUCAGAACAUCCCGGACCAGCUUCAGGGAUGCGAGGCUUGUAUUUGGACCAUCGGUGGCCGCGCACCUCAGUUUCCUGACAUUGAGACAUAUCGAAAGGUUCAGGUCGAUUACACUCUAGCUGCCGCAAAUGCCUUCGCCGAAUCCCUAGCUUCCAAACUCCCGGAAGACAAAAGGCUCCGUUUCGUUUUCUGUAGUGGAAAAUACGCCGAGUGCGACCAAGACAAGCCGCUGGCCUUCUUAGCUGACACCAGACAUAUGAAAGGUCAAGUCGAGCAAAAAUUACGUGAACUUGCAGAUGAUAAGAAGAAUCGAAUUGAAGUCUGGUGCGCGCGACCAAGUGGUGUUCUCCCUCCUGGCGCAGGUGUGCUCAGCAGACUAGCUGGGAAGCUUUACAACGGCAUCUCAGCACAACAGCUAUCAAAGGCGUUGGUUCAAAUUUCGGUUCACGGAUAUGAAAAACAGGUCAUUGAGUCUCAUGAAUUAUUGCAAAUGUAAUCGGUUUUUUUUUUUAAUCGCGUUCCCAGUCCUGC